AUGAUAAUAGAAACAUAUUUUGUAGAUAAUCUUCAUCAAAAAUGGCAUUAUGAUCAGCAAUAUCCAUUGCGAACUUACAAAAUAGGUGAGAAAGUUUUGAAAUAUAAUGCAAAAUUAGCAACAAAAAUUGGUAGAAAACUAAAAGAGAAAUGGGAUGGACCAUACUAA